AUGAGAGCUUACGAUCCAUCAGUAGAGACCCAGGUCUUGACCUCUUCUUCCCCAGAGUACGAACAGUAUCGAACUCGCAUCUUCAACUCUCGCCAACCUAACCGCAAACCCAUCGAAAUUGUCUUACCCAGAACCACUGAAGAUGUCGUCGUAGCUAUCAACAGAGCCGGAGAGAAAAACAUCAAGGUUGGUGUCCGCUCGGGCGGCCACCUGUUCGCUGCGCCCUCAGUCAUCGACGAGGGCAUGCUGAUCGACACAAAAUACUUAAAUAAAUCUCUCGAGUACGAUGCGGCAACAAAGGUCAUCAGCUUUAGUCCUGGCCACACGGUGGAGGACCUAGCCAACUACUGCACGUCGAUCAAGAGAUUCUUCCCGUUCGGCCACUCGCGCAGCGUCGGUAUUGGUGGCUUCUUACUGGCCGGUGGUCAAGGUCUCUACUGCCGUGGCCACGGAUACACCUGUGAGACCUGGGUCACGCAGAUCGAAGUUGUCCUCCCUAGUGGAGAGGUGGUAAUUGCCAGCAAGACGCAGAAUCACGAUCUUUGGUGGGCCGCUUGGGGCGCCGGUCAAGGCUUUUUUGGCGUUUUAACUAGAAUCUGGGGUCGCACUAAUCGUUUUCGUCAACAAUUUGACGUGACCUACAUCCUUGACUCAACCGAAUGCUUUAAGCCUCUACUGAAGUGGGCCCUGGACAACUCGGAGCGUAUACCCCGACAUGGCGUCGACUUGAUGAUUGGUACCCUAUACGCCGACGCUCAAGCUCCAGGUGAUGGCGACGAAUCCGAGGCGAAGCGGGUCUUCAUGGUCCUUAACGCAACAAUGGCUUGUGACAGCAUCGAAGAGGCCAAAACCCUCUCCGCACCCUUGGGUGCUAUUCCCGAGGAAUUCAAAAAAUUUGUCGUGGCCCACAUGCCAGUGCAGGAGAGAGGCUGGGAGGACAUGUGGGACCUCCAGGAUAAGUUCAUUCCUAGCGGACAGGGCGAAAGGUAUCGUGUAGACAGCAUUAUCGUCGACAAUGGCGUCAGUAAUGAUGAGAUUGUCGAGGCCUGUAGUCCAGCCUUGUUCGAACUUCCCACCCGCAAGUCCACCGGCACAAUUAUCAUUGUCGACUGGAACCCCGAUGAGGCAGAUCAGGCGUUGAGCUUGCCGCAACGAAUGACUGUGGCCACCAUGGUGUGCUAUCACAACCCUGAACUCGACGUCAAAAUGGAUAAAUGGUCCUAUGAGGUGUACAAGAAAGCUGAGAAAGUCGGUCUCGGCCAGUAUAUCGCCGAUUUUGACGCCCAACAACGACUCACAAAGCUUCAGGUCAUGACAGACUCAGCAAUGACAAAGUGGCUGAAGAUCCGCGAGAAAUAUGACCCUGAAGAGAGAUUCAUUGGAUAUCGAUCAUUCAAGAAGUCACUGGAACUCAAGUGGAACCGAUGA